UCGGGUGAUUUAAUAAUGGUUUAUCAUAGACAGCUCGCUACUUUCCUAUAUAAAUAAGCCCUAAUUCAAAGGGUUACAACUCUUGGUGACUCCAAUAUGGCCAGUAUAGUUGUAAUUUUAUUUUUGAUUUUCCUCGGUGCCCAUUUUCAAAUUUCUCAAUGUGAUGGGGAUAUUUUGAAGGCUGAACUUUUAUUACGACUGUCGGGUUGUCAUGAAAAAGAAGGUGUUUCAAUGGAAGUGGCUCUGGAGCACUCAUCAAUGGAUCUAAAUUUAACCCAUUAUCAUGAACUUGUUGAGAAGAAUCCUAAAAUUAAAUGUGUUAUGAGUUGUACGUUUAAAUUUAUGAAUUUAAUGGAUGGAUGUUCGGUCAUUUUGGACAGCAAAUUGAAACACCUUGUGAAUAAUGAAUCUGCCAAAAAAACCUUUAUAGCUUUGGAAAACUGUGAAAGUAGUAUAACAGAAACAGACCCUUGCGAAUGUGCCUAUCAAGUUGACACAUGUGUGAGGAAAGAGUUUAAAAAAGAAAAAGAAAACAAGGAAUAGUAAAUUUUUAUUUUAUUUUAUAAAUUUUAAGUAAUAUACUUUAAAUAAUAUUUUAAAUAAAUAAAUGCAAUAGUAAAAAACGA